AUGUGUGAUGUGAGUAAUACAAGAAGAUCACGGCGGAAACAGCACGCGCCAUCACGUCAUUUCAAUACUAGUACCACGAUGACAAGUCACGUUUUCCACGUAGACAACAAUAUGACUAUUAAUAAUCAAGCCAGCAACACUGAAGCGACUCAUCUUUUAGCUUCUUCAACAUCAUCUCAUUCAACUUCAAAUGAUAGUAAUAGCUUAUCAAUUGAUGUUAAUCAUCGAGAAAUUUCUGAACAGAUUAUCAAUCCUUUACGUGCGAUAUAUUUACCUGUUGCUUUACAUAAUCAUUCGAUUAAUAGUAUACAGGUUUUGGGUUAUCCACAACUGCUCAUUCCUGUAGCUGUACAUCCACAUGCUGAAGGGAUUUUGAAGCCAUGUAUACUUAUCGAUGAAUUUAUGGCUCGUAAUAUUACAGUACCGAAAGAAAUAUCAUUGGGUGAAACACAGUGCCAUCUAAAUAUUACCACUACCGUACAGCAACCAUACUCUGAAACUUCACCAUCAACAUCUACCAGUGUUUUUUAUGCUAGCAACAGGAAAAGAAUGUCAAAGAAGGAAGUACUGUGUAAUAUUAUGAAAAAGAAACAAAAGGCAACAACUGAUUCGAAGCCUUUGGAUCUUACAGUACGCAUCCGGAAAAUUCAACAAAAUGCUCAAAGUAAUAGUAGUAAUUGUGAUAGCACAGAAGAAGAUAACUCAAACAAUGAUAAAUUAGGAUCGAUGGAAUUGGAUAAAAAGUAUCGCUGUGAUUGUGGCGUUUCGUUUAACAGUGAAGUAACCUUAAAUGGACAUAAAAAGUACUACUGUAAUAACAACAUAACUCUUGUCACGCCAUUCCGUGAACCACAAAAAAAGGCGUUAUAUUGUUGCCAACAGUGUGAUUUUUUACCAACGAGUGCUAGUCAGUUGGCACAACAUGUUCGCGUAAGUCAUUCUGCGGUUCAAACGUAUGUGUGUCAAAUUUGUGGUUACAAAGGUUAUUCACAAAGAGGAAUUCGAUCACAUCUUAGGUAA